AUGGGAGCUUCGAUAAUGUCUUCUCCCUCUCAUUCUCACCUCAUCCACUCUCUUCUUCUCCGGUCAGUUCCUUCUUCUCUCUCGACUUUCCUCUCUAAACCCUCCGCCGCCAUCUCAGCCGCUUGCUCCCAUCAAUUUAAACCCAACAGUUCUAUCUUCCUCAUUCGCCAAUCUCCUCACCGUUCCCGGUCUUUUAGUCCCUCAGCAUCCGUUUCAUUCUCUCGCUCCUUUUCUUCCACCAUUUCUGAUACCUCUGCGGUCGGAUUUGAAGACGACGAUGUAAUUGACGAUGACGACGAAAGUGAUUACGGAGAUGAAGUUGAAAUCGAAGAUUUCGAACUGGAAGACAAUACGGUUGAGGACGGAUUGGAAACUGCUGUGGCUUCAGACUCGUCUCCGGCGGUGGUGAGUAGAAGUGAAGUGAAGAAUAUUCCGAGUUUGACGGUUAAGGAGAAGAAAGAGUUGGCAUCAUACGCUCAUAGCUUGGGGAAGAAGCUGAAGAGUCAGUUGGUGGGAAAAUCUGGCGUCACUCCAGGCUUGGCUACUUCUUUCAUCGAGACACUUGAAGCCAACGAGCUUCUCAAGGGGAACCAGUGCUGUGAAUUUCAAUUGUCUUUGCAAUUUUUAUCUCCUCUUCUUCUUGAACAAUUUGAAUAG